AUGAAUUUUGAUGAUAGAUAUAGAGAAUUAAACUUUAUACAAUCAAAUAAUGAGGGGACUUUAAAUAACAACAACAGUAACAGAAGUAGUAGUAAUAAUAAUAAUAACAAUAAAGAAUAUUCACUUUGUGCAUUAUUCUCUAUUUUAUAUCCAUUCAACAGUAACUUUCAACAACAACAAAAUGACAACAACAAUGGAAAUAACAACAGUAAUGGUUCGGUAGUAGAAUCAUUCAUACCGGAUCCGCUACCAAAGGAUCACCAGGUGAUGUGGAGUGACUUUGAAGUAGAAGCUGAAUCCUCGAUAUCCGAUCUUUCAUCGCAAGCCAGCGAUAUUGCAAUGACCUCUGACGUCGAAGACAACGACUCGACUACUGGCAACAAAAACCACCGAAAAUCAACCAAAUCCUCUGGUGCCAACAAGAGUGACAAAAUCAAAAAGAGAAUCUUCAUCGGUGGUAUCAAACUAGACGAUCUCGAACACAAUGAACCGCUCAAGCGCCUUAGAAUCGAGAAACUUCUCCAUCUUUUCUCUUCUUGUGGAAAGAUUGAAUCUGUAGAACCACAUUGGAAUAAAGGCGCAAAGAAAAUCAAAAUGAUUGAAAACAUCAAGAAAUCACUGUCAUUCGAAACACAACAAGCAGCACCUAACCCUGGUUUCUAUGUAAGAUUAGCAAAUGCCACAACCAAAAACAACAACAACAAAAAUAAUGAAAAUAAUAAUACCAAAAAAAUUAGAAAAUAA